AUGACCUCCAGGGAUUUGACAAUAGGAAUGAUCUUCUUGUCACAGACUGCGGUUGGAAUCCUGGGGAAUUUCUCUCUUCUUUGCCAUUACCUCUCCUUUCACUUCACAGGAUGCAGGGUGAGGUCCACAGAUCUGAUUCUCAAGCACCUGACUAUAGCCAACCUCUUAGCGAUUCUCUCUAAAGGAAUCCCUCAAACGAUGGCAGCUUUGGGGGUGGAAGAUUUCCUCAAUGAUACAGGAUGCAAGCUUGUUUUCUAUGUUCACAGAGUGAGCAGGGAUGUGUCCCUUGGCACCACCUGCCUCUUGAACAUCUUCCAGGCAAUUAUGAUCAGCCCCAGGACCUCCAGGUGCGCAGAGCUGGCAGUAAAAGCUCCCAAGUUCAUAGGCACUUCCAUUAUCUUCUGCUGGGUGCUGAACAUGACUGUAAACAUCAUAGUUCUCGUGUAUGUGGCUGGCAAAGACGGUAUCACUGACAAAAAUGACUAUGGCUAUUGUUCUGCUGCUCUUCACGAGAAGACCGUAGGCACAUUGUAUGUCACAUUGGUAUUAUUCCAUGACGGCUUCUGUUUGGUGCUCAUUCUCUGGGCCAGCGGCUCCACGGUGUUCAUCCUACUCGGACACAAGCAGCAGGUCCAACACAUUUACAGGAACCAUGUCUCCCCCAGAUCCUCCCCUGAGACCAGAGCCACCCAGAGCAUCCUCGUCCUAGCGAGCACCUUUGUGUGUCUGUGCACGGUCUCCUCUAUCCUUCAUGUUUGUUUGGCUACUUUAAGGAAUCCCAGCUGGUGGCUGGUGAACCUCUCUGCACUGAUUGCCGCGGGCUUCCCGACCGUCAGCCCCUACGUGCUCAUGAGCCAUGACCCCACAGUGUCUAGGCCCUGCUUUGCCUGGAUAAGGAACACAAAAUCCCCUAAACAUAUCAUAAACAUAAAUAGCAUGUGUAUUCACACUGGCUAA